AUGGGAGUGCCUGCGUUCUACCGAUGGCUCAGCAACAGGUACCCUAAGAUUGUGAGGGAUGUGAUCGAUGAAGAGCCCGUGGACCUCGACGGGCAGAAGAUCCCCGUGGACCUCACCAAGCCAUGCAAGAACGGGGAAUGGGACAACCUGUACCUGGAUAUGAACGGCAUCAUUCACCCGUGCUUCCAUCCGGAGGACAGGGAAGCGCCAACGACUGAGGAAGAGGUGUUUCAGCUAAUCUUUGAAUACAUUGACCACGUCUUCAGCCUGAUCCGCCCAAGAAAGCUUUUGUUCAUGGCCAUUGAUGGAGUGGCUCCCCGGGCAAAAAUGAACCAACAAAGGUCACGUCGCUUCAAGUCAGUGAAGGAGUCUGAGGACAAGGCAAAGGAGGAAGAGAAGCUGAGGGAGGAAUUUGCAGCAAUGGGGCUAAAGGUUCCUCAAAAAAAGGAAAAGAGUGGGCAGCUUUUUGACAGCAAUGUCAUUACCCCAGGGACAGCAUUCAUGGCUCGUCUGUCUGUUGCCCUUCAAUACUACAUUCACUUGAGGCAAAACACAUCUCCGGCAUGGAAAGAUCUGCUGGUGAUUCUUUCAGAUGCCAAUACUCCUGGGGAGGGUGAGCACAAGAUUGUGUCCUACAUACGAGAGCAGAGGGGCCGAAAGGGUUGGGAUCCAAACACGCGACAUGUCUUGUAUGGGCUGGAUGCCGACCUCAUCAUGUUGGCGUUGGCAACACAUGAGCCACAUUUUGCCAUUCUGCGUGAGGUGGUGUUCAUGCCGCAGAAAACAGACCCAAGAGACAAUCUGACAGCAGCCUUUGGCACCCCUGAUCCUGGCAACAAGCCCAGCAUAGCCAAGAAACCGUACCAGCUUCUGUUUAUCCACAUUUUGCGGGCGUAUCUCAACCUUGAACUGCACAGGGAUGACCUGCCAUUCGAGUGGGAUGAAGAACGCGUCUUGGACGACUUCGUUUUCCUUUGCUUCUUUGUUGGGAAUGACUUUCUCCCACACUCGCCAACACUGGAGAUUCGCGAGGGAGGGAUUGAUCUGUUGAUGCGCAGGUACCGGGAAAACUUGCCCCGUUUGGGUGGGUUCCUGUGCAAUGGCAGCAAAGUUAACCUGCAGCGUGUGGAGAUGUUGGUGCAAGAGGUGGCUAAGGAAGAAGAAGACAUCUUCCGGGCACGGAUGAAGCGCCUGAAGGACCAAAAGGACAGCAAAGAAAGGCAGAGAAAGCGCCUUCGCACUGAUCAGAGCUUGUCAAGCGUAAGCACCUUGGGGACACGUUCUCCAGCUUCUGCCUUGGCAUCCACUUCAUCUAUGCCUCACCCACGUCAUGCAUUCAGCAAUUCACCGAGCAGUGCAAGCCCAACAAUUCCAGGACUGUCCAGUCACAGCCAGAGUGAGAACAACACAAAGAACAAAGCUGUGGCAGAUCAACUGAGGGAACAGCUGAGGGGCGGUAUCUCAAAGAGGCAGCGAGUGGACAGCUCAGCUGACAGCAAGGGUGACGGAGCCAGCACCCCGGCAUCUGCAAACCAUGAGGACAUGUGGAAAAACAUGGAGAGCAUUGGGAAGCAAGAUGACAAGAACCCCUUUAAGUUGCCAGCUGAGACCAUGCCAGGCCAAGCUGAUUCAGAGAAGAUGGCUGAUGUUCAGCAGGAGUUUAACUCCAAAAUCAGCAGCAUUAUGAAAGAGAAGGCUGAUAAGUUUGAUGAGAUGAUGGAACAUGACAUGAGCAUGGCUCUGGGGGAGGAAGGAUACAAGGAUCGGUACUACAAGAGCAAAUACCCAAAUCAUACGAAUUUGCAAGAAGUGAAAGACGGGAUGGUGAGGGCAUAUGUUGAGGGCCUGUGCUGGGUUAUGGGCUACUAUUACGAUGGUGUGCCCUCAUGGCGGUGGUACUACCCCUACCAUUAUGCACCAUUCACAUCUGAUCUCUGCCAGAUGUCUCACAUCGAGCCCCACUUUGAACUCUCGAAGCCAUUUGACCCCAUUCAGCAGCUUAUGUCUGUUCUACCAUCCGGAAGUCGCCACAGUUUGCCUGAGCCAUUGCAGGACUUGUUUGUAUCAGACGAUUCGCCCAUCAAGGACUUCUAUCCCUUGGAUUUCAAGCAAGAUAUGAAUGGCAAGCGCUUCCAGUGGCAGGCUGUGGCCCUGCUCCCGUUCAUUGAUGAGGACAGGCUUGUGAGCGCGAUGGAGCCCCACAUGGACAAGCUGACUCCUGAAGAGAAAGACAGGAACACAACAAAGCUGCAGCAGCUCUAUUUCCAUAGUGCUCAUGCAAUGGCCCCUGCGGUCCAUGAAAUGGCGCACAACCAGAGAGAUGUUCCGUUUGACCAGAGGCUGGAGAACAAGCAAGCCAUUGACCCCAGAGAGGCUAAGGGAAUCAAUGGCUUUAUCUGCCUACCAGCUGGAGACUACUCCCCUGCAGUAAUUCAUGCACCCUUCAAACCUGGGGAAGACAUUACUGCCAACCAGGUGGUGUGCGUCAUGUACAUCCUUCCACCCCACCAAGAGCACGAAGCUCGCGUGCUGGAGGGAACAAAUGUCCCGGAGUGCAACGUCGACGUACGGGACAUUCCUCCACAGAAUCCCCUGUGGCAUGAAAAGAUGCGCCAGCACACCCGACCUCGUGAUGCUCCUCGCCUUGGGGACGCUGCUCGCCGGCACAUCCACCACAACAUGGAUAGGAGGAGCAUUCGCCCAAGUGCACCAAGCCCAACUGGGUUCCCCAAUGCUGCCACAAUGGACCCUGCGCACAUUGGCAAUGGGCAGCAUGCAUAUGGUUCGAAUUAUGCACUGCUACAGAAUGUGGUGAACCCCGGUGCUGUGAUGGGUCAGCAGUACCAGCACCAGAACCAGAUGUGGGGAUAUGGACAGACCCCCCAAAUCGCCCCCCAUUUUCAGCAGCGAGUUGGGAUACCAGGAAGUUUGAAUGUUGCCAGUAUUCCCCAGAAUAUGCAGCCCUAUAACACACAGUCGUUUCCUCAGGUGAUGGUUGGUGGCCAGGCAGCCAUCAACCCAGGGCUACAAAACGGGAUUUACUUGGGGGGUGGUCAGUACCUCGGGGCAGUGCCACGUACGUCAUAUGUGGACGGCCUUCACGAUGGCAGGGCUCUCAUAAAUGGGACUGGUGGCAACUAUGGCAUGAAUGAGGGCUUUCAGCAAAAUUACACAGGAGGGAACAGGAGGCGAGAGGGGGGAAGACAUCACAAUGGGUCGCGACGAUCUUGGAACGCUGACAGGAAUCCUGGGUCGCGUAGGGGAGGGCAUGGGCGGGGAAGGUAUUGA